AUGCAGGUAGUACCAAGUAAAAGCAAAAACGUGGUUAAGACUUGUGGUCUAGUAUUCCUCUGUAACGCUUUAACCAAAGCCCUGCGAGUGGCGGCCGUGUGGCGGUCGCUGACUUUCGUGUUCACUGUCGCUUUACCACGGCCGAUCGUUAUAACGACCGGCCAGAUUUCUGCUCUAGGGCCUGUCCCGGUGACGAGGAUAUUGCCACCACAGUCAAUAGAAAUCGUCAACGUCGUUGAAGGAAGGUCAGUACGACCGGAGGCCUUGUCAGCUGAUGACAAUAGCGGGGACCAGUUGGGAUGA